AUGGAUCGUGUUCCACCAUCAGGACCCAAUCCUAUAAUCUCUGAUCCACCAAAGCCACCGCCUCAUAAAUUAAAUAUCAAACAAAAAGUUGAUCGUGUUCCACCAUCAGGACCCAAUCCUAUAAUUUCUGAUCCACCAAAGCCGCCACCUCAUAAAUUAAAUACCAAACACAAAGUUGAUCGUGUUCCACCAUCAGGACCUAACCCUGUAAUCUCUGAUCCACCAAAGUCACCACCUCAUAAAUUAAAUAUCAAACAAAAAGUUGACUGUGUUCCACCAUCAGGACCUAAUCCUAUAAUUUCUGAUCCACCAAAGCCACCGCCUCAUAAAUUAAAAAAAUUAUAUUUUGUAAUGUUACCAAAAGGUGUUGUUCCGCCGUCUGGACCUAACCCUAGAACAAAUGAUCAUCUAUCACCACCACCUCAUAGAGCUUAG